AUGACCAGAAAACUACAAAAUCCACUUCUGGAAGAUGUCAGGAGUAGAAAAAGGGUCCUGAAACCUGUUGUGGAAAAGAAGAGAAGAGAUCGAAUAAAUCAAAGUCUUGCUGAACUGAGGAGUUUGCUGCUGAAUCAUACAUCUGACCCACGGCUGCAGAACCCUAAAAUAGAGAAAGCAGAGAUUCUUGACUUGGCUGUGGAAUAUCUUCAAAAGUGGACAGAUGGGAAGAACCAGAGCAAUGACUCCACUGACAGUCACUUGAAGACGCAUGCUGCUGUGCUAAGCCUUCAUCACCCAGAGUCCAAUGCUCCUACUCUCUUUACCAUAGAGAGUGCAGGUUUUCAGCAGUGUGUGGCCCAGCUGACCAGCUACAUGCACAAAAUAACGCCGGCACAGAGAAUGAGCCUGAUUGAGGGGCUGAAGCAUCGCACAGAGAGCCAGCCGCCGAAUAACACAAAACCAGACUUCAGCCAGAGAAUGACGGACACUGAGGCUGCUAAAUGGCCAGAUGCAACAUCUGUGGAGGCCAUUUGCACAUCUGAGAGGAAAGAAGAGUCUCCUAAGUUGUUGUUUCCAUCUCACUCCCCAUUCCAGCCUCACUCUUGCUCCACACCAUGCCACGACUACCUGUCUCCUCCUCCCUCUCCCUGGCUUUCUCCUUCUUUUUCCGCAUACGCCACCUCUCCUCCUUUCCCGUCAUUUGCCUCUCACUUCUCCUUCCCCCCCAGCCUGUCACCUCUUUCUUCCAACACCUCCUUUUUUAGUUUCUCUCCCACGGUCCCCCACUCUGGCCCUCCUGCCUUCCACUACCCCCCUCUCACCACACUGAGAUCCCCUCCGCACCCUGCACCGAGGGAGGGGUUGCCACCAAACUCUUCCACACCCAUGUGGAGACCUUGGUUUUGAUCAAGUGGACCAGAGACUGAUGAA